GCCAUGCUCCAUUAUUCCGUUCUUUUCAUCCCCACAACCUUUUCUUUCACACGUUAACACCACCGUAAACAACACGUUUCCUUCCUCAGCCGCCGGACAGCACCACAAUCAUCCACCAUGGCUAUGGCUUUCAAGAUGGCAACAACGGGGAUGUGGGUGGCGGAUGAAUGCAAGAACUCCUUCAUGGAAAUGAAAUGGAAGAGAGUUUCUCGGUAUAUCGUGUUCAAAAUCGACGAAAAAUCGAAGCUAGUGACUGUCGAUAAAGUUGGUAAAGCCGGAGAAGGGUACGCCCAUCUCACUGCCUCGCUCCCGAAUGAUGACUGUCGUUACGCCGUCUUUGAUUUCGAUUAUGUCACCGUUGAUAAUUGCCGGAAAAGCAAGAUUUUCUUUAUUGCAUGGGCUCCAAGUGCUUCAAAAAUAAGAGCCAAAAUGUUGUAUGCAACAUCCAAGGAUGGACUAAGAAGAGUAUUGGAAGGUAUUCACUAUGAACUACAAGCAACUGAUCCAACUGAGAUGGGGUUUGAUAUCAUUCAAGACAGAGCCAAAUAAUGUCAACUAAACUAAACCAACUUCAUAUCCCAUAGUACCAACCUUACCCCACCCUUACCCACCCACCAUGAUAUAUAUAUAUAAAUCACAUCUAAUAAUUAUCCCCACUCAUCAUGACAUUGGCAUUUUUCUUAUGGGUAUUGGUGUCUUUUAUUGGUACCAAGAUGAUUAAAGCACAAUUAUUCAUGACUUAUAUAUGUGGUACACUAAAAGCUACAUCAUAUAAACUUGAUCAUAUAUAAUGACAAGGUAAUGUAAUGUAAUAUGAUAUGACUGAUUUCUAAUAUUUACUCCAAGCUAAGAUGGUUUUCCCAUAGAAA